AUGAAUAAUAACAAAGCAGCCUUACAAUUACGGAAGAGUACGUGGACGCCCCCACCGGUCGUUCACGCUCCUCCGGUGGCUCUACCGCCUCCCACAGCUGUGUCUGCGCCACCGGCCUCGCACUGCUCUGCGCCCAGGACUAUCGUUAUACAGAGACCAGACGCGCGUCACGGCUUCGGUUUCACGCUAAGACAUCUUGUUGUUUACCCACCGGAGUCAUUACAGGAACUAUACGAGGAUGCGCGCCACCUGGCUGUGGGCGCAGUGGGUGCGCCAAUGGACACAAUCUUCGUAAGGUCAGUGAGGCCGGGCGGGCCGGCGGCCGCGGCGGGUCUGCGCGCGGGCGACCGCGUGCUAGCCGUGAACGGCGAGCCCGUCGCCUGCGGCAGGUCGCGCGCGCCAUACGCUAGGGUAGUGCAGCUAGCUCAGAGGGAACCCAAAAUCUUAAGGCUCACUGUCGUGCCGAGGGAUCACGAUUUAUUGCAAAGGUAUUUCAGUGAAGCAGCGUACAAUCCAGAAACAAACCAGCGGCCGCUCGACAUGCCGGCGGUCACAGAACACGAGUCGCGUUUGUUCGACGCGUACAGACGGCCGCGGCUGCCCGCCUUGCCCGCGCCCCAAGCGCCCGCCAGGCACAGAGAGGAUCCGGAAUACGCGACCGUAGCGUCUCCAAGAUUUGACGUGCCACGACUGCCGACUACACCACAUUAUCUUUUACAUGAUGGCAGGCGAGAAUCCGAUACGUCUCUACCAUCAUCAGCGGCGGAGAGCAAAGACAGUCUCGGCUCAUUCGACUCAAACUCGACACUCACGGGCCGAGAGCUGGACGACUCGAUCAUCCUCUCCCGAAUACGAAAGAGUCUUGAGCAGAAGGAGGCCUUCCUCCGACGUCCCAGCCAACCAACUGGCUGGGUUACACCCGACCCACCGCCAAUUAAACAAAAAGAGUUUUACGCUAGGCCUCAAAAGCUGCAGAAACCAGCCUGGCCUCCUCCUUCCUCCCCACCCCUUGCAGCGUCCCCUCCACCUCCACAAAUACAGGAAUUAAAGAAAGAAGAAUGUGCAACAAGUGUUGAUAGUGGCACUUACAGUGGAUAUGGGGAAGUCAACGGUCACAUAGAUAAAAGUAGGUUAAAACAAGAUAAAAGCCAGUUUGUGGCGACACUCUCGAAGAUACAGGAGACGUCUCCAAGCACGAAUGUCGGUACGAUGAGUAAUGGAUCGUCUACCGAAUUCAAAGAUGAAAAUGCUUCGGCUACUAACCAAGAUAAUAGAUACCCUGUACCUGAGCUCCAGCUAGUGACGGCGCGCACGCGCCAGCUGGAGGAGGCCCGGGGCGUGGGCGAGCGCCGCACGGAGGUGGCCCGCAGCGAGCUGGCGCGGCUCUCCACCACGCGCCUCGAGCCCAGCGUCGCGCUGCGGAGGAAGGAGUUCGAGACACGCGCUUCUAGAAGAGAAGCCAGGUCUUUAGAUGUGCAACCUCAGCAAGAUUUAGAGCAAGAGUCGACACUUCUCGGCGGCAGUCUGUCAGGAAACCAACUAAUGAUCACCGGCAGCAAACACCUCCAUUGCCCUCCUCCAGAUGGAUACGUGCCCGAAACUGAAAAGGUUCAAAUGCGAACAAGGUCCAAUAGUACCGGUAGUGAAGGAUUAUCUAUUAGAAGACAUCAUGCCACAGAUGGCAGUCACGCGAAGAGACGUAUGGGGCUGAACAGAGAACAGAUGGAGGCGAUGAACCGCGUGUCGCUGGGAGAUGUGCCGCAGAGGCCGACGCAGCUGAGCCUCGCCUCGGCCUCCACCUCGGCCUCGGCCUCGGCCCACACGUCGCCGGAGCCCACGCCCACCACGCCCGCCGACUCAGGUUUUGCUGAUGAUUUGGUGACGAGACGACAGAAAAAAGAUGCUCAAUUGGGAGAAGAGGAACGUGCCAUGCGCAGGGUUUCUUACCUAAAAGCGACGUGGGGAGAUCGACUGCACUUAGAUGGCGAUGUGGAACCGGACGCGGAUCACCACGCUUUAAGAAGUACGGACAAGAAAGGUGAAGAUGAAGGUGCUGAAAACGUUGAAGCCUCAGAAGCGGACGUGCAAGGCAAUGUGCAAAUAAAAAUGGUGGUCAGUAACGGAAAGCGCGCAAGCGACAGAUCGUGGAAGCAGGUGUGGGCGGUGCUGCAGGGCACCAAGCUGUACCUCUACAGGCAUCACCCUACUCAGAGUCCCGGUGCAGUAAGCGGGAACACGACGGGUACAGAGAGCGGGUCGCGCGACGCGCUAGACGUGCGCUACUCGCUGGCCGCGCUCGCUGACGACUACACGAAGCGCAAACACGUCGUGCGCGUCACCACCGCCGCCGGCGCUGAGCUACUGCUACAGGCGGAAGGUGCAACAGACGCUCAAAGAUGGCUAGCAGCUCUGCGGCGACAUUCAGCUGAGCCCCCGCCCAGCGAGCCCGCGCCGCUGCCGCCCGCGCCCGCGUCCGCGCCGCCCACCACCGCGCCCGCCGUCGAGUGCCCUUCGCCGCUGCCGCCGCAACGCGCUAAGAAGAUCGGCAGGAACAGGUCGCCUACCGGUCCCCCAACACCAACGCUCCCGUCGUCUCCUAAGAACAAGACGUGGAAGGGGCGCGUGGCAAAGCAGCUGCGGCGCAUGCACGGCGGCGCGGCGGGCAGCGCGGCGCCGGCCGCCGCGGGCUGGCUGGGCGCGCCGCUGGAGCGCUGCCCGGCCGACGCCGACCACCCCAACGUGCCGAAGGCGGUCACCUUGCCGGCGCAGGCGGUUGAGGCACACGGUCUGAGGACAGUGGGCGUGUACCGCGUGCCCGGCAACGCGGCGGGCGUGGCGGCGCUGGCGGCGGCGCUGGACCGCGGGGAGCCGCCGCCCGCCGACGACCCGCGCUGGGCCGACGUGCACGUCGCCUCCAGCCUGCUCAAAGCCUAUCUGCGGAGAUUGCCUGAUCCCAUACUGACUAAACAUCUAUAUCCUGCUUUUAUUGCGGCCGACCGGUCACCGGCGCGCGCGCGUGAGCUGCGGCGGCUGGUGCAGGCGCUGCCGGCGGCGCACUACGCCACGCUGCGCUACCUGGCGCAGCACCUACGCCGCGUGGUGGCGCACGCCGCCGCCAACAAGAUGGAGGCGCGCAACCUCGCCAUCGUGUUCGGGCCCACGCUGGUGCGCGCCGCCGGCGACGACAUGCUCGCCAUGGUCAACGACAUGUCCAGCCAGUGCCGCAUCAUCGAGAGCUUCCUCACUCAUUACGAAUGGUACUUCGAGGAGGAGGAGGGCUCGCCGCCCGCGGAGCCGCCCGGCGCCGAGCCGCCCGCGCCCGCCUCGCGCGAACUGCUCAUACACAAUGUCAAGAAGAUCGAAGGCAAAGACGUGUCGACCCGCGACAUAGUGUCGUCCAUAAUAUCGGCCGCCAACCGCAAGAUACAGCGCAAGCCGCGCAAGAGCGACAAGAAGUGGGACGACAAGCCGCGCUCGCCCGCCGCGUCGCCGCCGCGCUCGCCGCCCUCGCCGCCCACGCCGCCCUCGCCCGCCCCGCCGCCCGCCCUGCCGCCCGCCCUGCCGCCGCACUGCGACGUGCUCUCGCACUACAUGGACGACAAUGACACUGCCGACAAAGUCGACAUGUCGUCAGUGUCUAUAGGACGACGGCAUGAGAUCUCGAGGCACACGCUCAACAACUUCUCUAUCGAUGGCGCGGGCGACCUGGUCACCUCCCUGACGAGCACGUUCGACCAGAAGCUGCGCACGCUCAACAACUCGUCGCCACUGGACGACGGCAGCAUCCCCUACGCCGACGAGUGCCAGGACGAGGACGAGGGCAAGCGCAGCUCGUCGCCCUCCGACGCGGGCUCCGCGCGGCCCCGCGCCGACCAGCUCAAGGCGGCCUGGCUGCGCUCCGCCUCCUCCUCCUCCGACGAGCCCGACUCGCGCUGGCCGCGCGCCGCCCACGCGCCGGCGCCCGCCCACGCGACCGCCCCCGCCCGCCCCGACACCGACGACUCGGAGAAAGAGAACUGCGGCGGGCCCAAGAAGCCUUCGCGCGACGAGCGCCGCGACCGCCGCGACGACGACAAGGACGUCGACACACGCUCGCAGGCGUCCAGCGGCGGCACGCUGCCCGACAACGACAAGAUGCCGCUCGAGCGCGCGCUGCUCGCCUACAACGGCGGCCACGAGCGGGCGGAGGCGCCGGGCAAGGGCGAGCGCCUCAGCAAGCUGGAGAAGGGCGAGUGGAACGUGGUGCGGCGGCGCGAGGCCGGCGCCUGGCGCUCCACCAAGCUCAAGCGCAAGAACGGCAUGCCCGAGCGCGGCAUCAAGCGGCGCCACACCGUGGGCGGCACCAAGGACUUCGACAAGGACGGCUGGGCGGCGCGCCACACGCGCACCUCGUCGCCCGACCUGUCGGCGGCAUGGCGCGCGUGGCCCGCGUGGCCCGCCUGGCCCGCGUGGCCCGCGCGGACCGCGUGGCCCGGAGCCGGGCCCGCGCGCGCGCCUCUGGAGUCGCACGUG